AUGUCCAAUUUUGUGCACUUUACGCCUGAUCAACUGAAUUUAUCCAGCGCCAUCCCCCUUGGGACGGGGGCGAUCUCCAAUGUUCUCCACUCAACCCUCGCUCCCCCGCUGUCGAUCCCGGUUGCGAUUAAAGUAUACUCCAAGGUUCAGCUUCUCCAGUUGUGCAAAGUUCAAAGUGUCAUGAAUGAGAAGCAAGCCCUUCUACGGCUUCGAUCGCAUCCAUACAUCGGCCGCUUGUACGGGACGGCGCAGUCCGAGGACGAGCUAUAUGCCGUGAUGGAGUUAUUAACGAACGGCGACCUGCUGCAGCAUAUUCGCCGUACUGCCGAGAAGCGCCUCAGGGAAUAUUCUAUCGCCCAACCUCGUCCGAUGGGUCGACCAGUCGCCGGGGAGGAAGGGCAGACCGAAGGACGCGACUUCCGCCUAGCAGCGGAUCAAACCCAGGCCGCGCCGCCGCCCCCACGGUCGGGGGGCUCGGCCGGGGGGAUCCCCGCCUCUAGUCGAGCCCUGCGGUGCCUGGACUUCCAGGACAUCCAGCUCAUCACCGCGCAGAUCAUUCUUGGCCUCUCACACGUGUUCAAGAACGGUUUGGUGAUGCGCGACCUGAAGCCCGAGAACAUUGUGUUUGAUGGCAAGUGUCGGGCCUGUCUUAUUGACUUCGACACAGUCGACUUGGAGGGUAAUCGUGCCAAGCCCCACACCAACCACGGUGUCGCGUUACCAGCAAAGCGAUCCAGCAUGACUUCCUUCACAAAUAAGGGUGAUUCUGGUGGGUUGGCGUCAAGGCCGCCGAAACGUUCUAUCAAGGUCUCUGAAAUUCAAGCGAUGCGCAGGCGAACCGCCAGCUUUUGUGGCACUGCACAGUACGUAUCGCCAGAGAUGGUAGGUGAGUGCAGAUGGAGCUUUAGCAGCGACCUUUGGUCUUUGGGGACGAUUGUCUAUGAGAUGCUGUAUGGGGUGCACAUGUUCGCCGGCAUGACUUCGUUUGGGGUGAUGAAGAAUGUUAUCAAAGGCGUCGCAGGUGGUGUAAAUGGUCAGGCGGCUGUGCCCUUCCCAAUUGUUGACCUUGGGAGGAGAGGUAAUGAGGCCAGUUGUCCAGGAGAAGAGGUCGCCCCAUCCGAUCACUUUGCGCGCGUCAAAGAUUUUAUUCUGCGAUUGGUCGACAUCGACCCUUUCCAGAGGCUUGGGGUCCAUCCUGAGACGCACGAGUUUGAUCUUGAGGCGCUUAAAAGGCAUUCCCUCUUUUCUAAUUUUGACUGGUCUCUGGUAGAGAACCAAAUCUUGACCUUUAAGCAGCGCACAUUUUCAAUGCGCGAUGGAGCUGUCGAUUUGGACAAUGUCGCUACUUCAGAGGUCCUCGACCCGGAUCCGUCACUGUCGCUACAAUGCUUCUACCAAGAAGUGCCUUAUAAUGAUAGGCGGUAUGCUGAGUACAUUUACAAUGCCUCUUCUGAAGGAAAUCCUUUUGAACGCUACCUACAGGGCAUUGAUUUAGGAAGUAAGAUAGUGGAAGACACCAAGGAUGGCGUAGAUGAGGUAGAUCACAACCAAAACGAUGAGUUGCGGUGUGACCCGACCUCGGCCAGAACCACUUUAUUCAACAACGACGGGGUUGUGGGAGAGAGCAGUAAACUCACUUCCGAUUGCCUCCCAAGUGGUGAGAUAGUUGGCUUUCCCAGUGACUUCAAGCAAACCUCAUGUUCUGAAGGAUCCAGCGCGUGCUUCCGUCGAAGCAGUUCCAUCGAUACGGAUGAUGAAAGUAUCGAGGUCAUUGACGACGUAGGGAUGAGGUUCCACGCUCUGGCGCUGGACCCGGACUUCCGGAAUUGA